AUGCAUGAAAACGGUAGUACACUUGAUGUUCAGAGCAUUAGUGGCUGGAAUUAUGGUGAACCAAGCUCAAGACUGGGACUGCAGAACCAGCAGAUGCAGGAUGCUCUAGAUCACCGACUUGGGGAUGAUGGAAGAAAAAUGGAACAGGGUUCAUCUCACGAUGCUUGUAACCAGGCUUCUCCAAGGUCAGAAGAAAGGCGGAUUGAACCACCAAAUGUCUUUUUUACUGGGAGGCUGAAUAAUGAACGGAGUGGCAAUCUUGUUAGAAGUGAGCCAAUGUGUUUGCAGAGUUUCAUCUCCAAUCAUAUCCCGUCGAAUGUGAAUUUAAGUGAAGGAUUUAUUAGUGGAAGUGGUACUGGAGUGUCAGGUGUUGGAACUGGUGGAAGUCCUAAUCUCCACAACUCAGGUGGACUAGAAAGAGAACAAAUAUCUAAUGCAUUUGUUUCUGCUGAUAAUAUUGGCAGUUCAUCAGGAAGCUCUAAUUAUGUGGGGGAGGAAAAUACUGAUGGCCCGGGCUAUUCCUUGGACAGUUGGGGUUUAUCCUGCAAGAGGAAGGCCCUUGAAGGUACUUCUGGACAGUCAGCUGAUACUUCUGGACAAUUGGCUUCUGGAAAUCCCAACACGUCUGGAAGUAUUCCAUCUUCUAAUCGAUAUGGGUCUAGUUCAAGCACCCAUCCUUUGCCUGCUCCUGCCUGGAUCCCUCCUCACAACCCUCCAAUACAUGAUCAACAAAGACUAUCAGAAUUUGCUCCUUGGUCUCCAAUUGAUUCUGAAUCUGGUGGUCAUAAUGGCCGUUUUCCACUACCAUCUUCAAACCCUUACACUUCCUCGCAGGAGACAAUGGUGACUUCUGAAUCUAACAGCCAAGGAAUAAUCAACCACACCCAAGGUUAG